AUGAAUUCCAGUGAGAACACCAAGGGAAAGGAGAGGGCUACUGGGCCGGGAGGUGCACCUUCUAUUGAAAAUGCAAAUAUGACUACCGCAGCUUCUGCUUCGCCGGCGACCAACUCAUUUACGUUUAUCAGCACUUCUUCCAAGUUGAAACACGCCAAAAAGAUGGCAGAGUUGGCCAAGGUCAGUCUGGCAGAAGACGAACCCACCGAAGAUACGACUGGGCCCGGUACCCCCACCAGUACCAGCAUCCGCCCUCCUGCUCUCAACGCUGGCGAAGCCUCCAAAAAGCCCAAAUCGCAUGCACCACGGAAUGUUUAUGACAAGCCUGAAAGUUUGCCCCGCGAUUUCCCGGAUGAACAAGCAGAGUUGACAGAUGAUCAAAUCAGAAAGCUCAUUACCCAGGGCCCCAGUUUCCGCAAAAGGUAUUAUAAUUACUUCGUUAGCAAUGGAAACCUCCGUCGUCAAUACUAUCAUCUGAUAUUCGAGAAACUCCCAUCUGGAGAAAUGAGAUAUCCGGAAUAUAUCCUCGCGUCAAAUCUUCCCUCUCGUUCGGACACCAUUCAGCAACGCAUUCAGCAGCGCGAAGAACGGGAGGCAUCUGGAAAGCCCAUCAGGAAAAAGGCCAAGAUGAGCAAGACGAAUGAAGCCGCUGAAGACAAUUCUGAGCCCAAAGGAAGCCUGAAUGUACCAGAGGCAAAGCAUAAGAAUUCGGCUCCUACUGGGAAAGAGCCUCUUUCCACGCCCGUUUUGAUGUCGCUUGUCGAUGCUCGUCCUGGGCCUAUUUUGCAGGGGUCUUUUGAGUCCCUCCCCGAACCAGCUGUAGCCACUUCUGCUGCUGUUACUAGCGAGGUUCAGUCUCCUCAGCCUUCUCGUGAGACUGGUCCGCCUUCGUCCCAUUCAUACCGCAGCAGAAGUCGUUCGGGCUCUACCAGACCCUCUAGCAAUUCAGUGGCUAGUCCUCCAAUUUCUUCCGCCCGGAACAGACUCUCCCGGCCCCUAGUUAGGCGUCGUUCCCGCAGUCCUCGCAGGGAUUUUGCGACCUCUGCUUCUCAUACUUCGACAGUCGAAGCAGCAUCGGGGAGUACCUGUCGUGCCGAAAAUGCCAGUGCAGUUUUAGCAGUCUCACCAUCUUCAGCAGCUUCAAAGACUGGUCUGGAUCGGCCCAUGAGAGGGAAUCCAUUCGGACCGAGGAACGGAGAGGGAAAAGAGAAAAGUGGUGAAGACAAACCACAGCUCUAUGACCCAGCCCACAUGAAAAGCCCAGAAAACGAUUCAAUUCGUCUGUACCUUGACAACGAAAUAGUUCCAUUCAUCCAACGGUACGAGACAGGCAAUAUGGAUCUCAUGGCAAUGGGUGAGCUCGAGAGAUCCGUUGCGUGGAUUCACCAAGAAGUUCACAAGUUAAACAUCGCCUUAUCGACAGCUUGCGAGACUUCGAGCAACUUGCAAUUCAAGAUCAGUAUCAACGAUCUCAUCAUGAGACUCCUGGCGCUUCAAAAAUCAUGCUGGAUGCUGCAAGAGCAAGUUAACAAGACCACGAUGGAGAAGUGA